UCAGCGUUAUGUGACGUACUUCCGGGAACAUAAUGGCGUCUUUGGGUGCUUUGGUGGGUUACAGCAGCGAUUCUGAUUCGGAGUGUGGAAAAGAUGAAGCGGAUCACUUGAAACCACUACCUUCUGGGACUCGCACACUGAUACCAAUUGAUUCAGCACCGGAAGUGGCAGUGAAGGAAGAUGUGGAGGCGGGAUUUCAUCUUGACCCUAAUGUCAAAGAAGUUCAGUACAACCCUACCUUUGAGACCAUGUUUGCCCCCCAGCUUGGACCCAAUAAUCCCUUCAAAACACAGCAGAUGGCAGCUCCAAGGAACAUGCUUUCUGGUUACGCAGAACCAACACACAUUAAUGACUUCAUGUUUGAACAACAGAGAAGGACGUUUGCAACAUAUGGCUAUGCACUGGAUCCAUCAAUAGAUGUCCAGGAAACCACCACUAAGUACAUUGGCUCUGUGGAUGAUGCAGAAAAAAACCAAGGUUUAACAGUAUUUGAAUCAAGUCAGAAAAAAACAGAUAAGAGGAAAAAGCUGAAAGGAAGCAGUGCAGCUGAUAUAGAUGGUUUCCUGGGUCCAUGGGCGAAAUAUAUUGAUGAGAAAGAUGUUGCAAAGCCUUCUGAGGAAGAGCAGAAAGAAUUGGAUGAAAUAACUGCAAAGAGACAAAAGAGAGGCAAACAAGAGGAAGAUAAACCUGCAGAAGAGAAAACUAUAUUACAUGUUAAAGAAAUGUACGACUACCAAGGCAGAUCUUAUCUUCACAUUCCGCAGGAUGUUGAUGUUAACUUACGUUCCUCAGAGUUGCCUGAGAAAUGCUAUCUCCCUAAAAAACAGAUUCAUGUUUGGUCGGGACAUACUAAGGGUGUCAGUGCUGUCCGAUUAUUUCCAGCCUCUGGGCAUUUAUUGCUGUCUUGCUCAAUGGAUUGUAAAAUAAAGCUUUGGGAAGUUUACAAAGAGAGACAGUGUUUACGAACAUUUAUAGGGCACAGUAAAGCUGUUAGAGACAUCUGCUUCAACAACGCGGGUACUCAGUUCCUCAGCGCUGCCUAUGACCGGUAUCUGAAGCUCUGGGACUCUGAAACAGGACAGUGCAUUUCUAGGUUCACCAACAGGAAAGUACCGUACUGUGUUAAAUUUAACCCUGAUGAAGACAAACAGAAUCUUUUUGUUGCUGGAAUGUCUGAUAAGAAAAUAGUACAAUGGGAUAUUCGAAGUGGGGAGAUAGUCCAGGAAUAUGACAGACAUCUGGGUGCUGUCAACACAAUCACGUUUGUGGAUGAAAACCGGCGCUUUGUGAGCACCUCUGAUGAUAAAAGUUUGAGAGUUUGGGAAUGGGACAUUCCUGUGGAUUUUAAGUAUAUUGCAGAGCCAAGUAUGCACUCAAUGCCUGCUGUCACUUUGUCUCCAAAUGGUAAAUGGUUGGCAUGUCAGUCAAUGGACAAUCAGAUCUUAAUAUUUGGUGCCCAGAACAGAUUCAGACUGAAUAAAAAGAAAAUUUUCAAAGGGCAUAUGGUGGCAGGUUAUGCUUGCCAAGUUGACUUCUCACCAGAUAUGAGUUAUGUGGUAUCUGGAGAUGCUGAUGGAAAACUGAACAUCUGGGACUGGAAGACAACAAAACUUUAUAGCAGGUUAAAGGCUCACGAUAAAGUUUGUAUAGGUGCUGUUUGGCACCCGCACGAAACUUCCAAAGUCAUCACUUGUGGAUGGGACGGUCUUAUUAAACUCUGGGAUUAAAACGUCAAAUUAAAUACUUUUAACAAUUGGCUAAUAACAAUAAAUUGUCAAUGAUUUGAUAUAUAUUAUGCAGAGUGAUCCAAGGAACUGUUGGUAAGGCUAUUGAUCUGAAAAAUGACAACCAUCAUGGAAGCACAAUGGAACACAACUGCAACAUGGCACCUCUUUUGUAUUAUAUAUCAGGUCAUAUGCUUGUGGCAUUUUUGUCUUUAUGGAUCUCAUUCUUGCAGUUGCCAAAUUGUGUCUUUGUUAUACAUGCAACAUACUGGAUAUUUAGCAUUCUGUUUUUGUUUAUCUUUUAUUUUAAAGGAUUUUUAUGUACAUAAUACAACUCUUGCAUAAAAAGUUUACCUCCUUUUUUUUUUCCUCCAAAUCAUAGUUUGUUUACAUAACAAAGUGACAUUCAUUAAAAUGCUCUAUUCAACUCUUUAAACCUUUUAUUUAAAGUAACAAACAGAUUAAUGUGUAUAUUCCAUGGAAUUUAAAGAUGACUGUAUUAUAUUAAAGGGCGAUAAACAUUUGUGUACAGAA